UUGGCAAUGAUUGUGAUCGCGGGUAUGUAUUAUUAUGCAUUCACGACAACGACGCUUACAUAUUAUCAAGUUCUGCAAGUGGAUAGAGACGCCCAGCACAUUGACAUCUAUCAAAACUACAAGAAGUUAUCAGCUGAGUCGGACGAGCGGCGGGAGAAAGAGGC